AUGGUCGCCCACCUUCCUCCCGCAAUCAAGCAGCUCUUGACCCUCCGCAACCCGCGUUCUCUGCCCGGCCCUCCCGUCGCCAAGCUCAACGAGGUCCUCACCAGGACGUUUAACGAUGCCCAGCAGAGGAAGGCCGAGAAAGGUUGGCUUACCCUCACGACAUGCACGCUCUUGACGGCAAACGUUCCGCCGUCCGUAGGUCAUCUCUACCGUUUCACUACCAGAGAUGAUCCCAGCAAACCGGAGUCAAGGCGGAGCUACUCGGAGGCACUCCAGAAGGCCGCCUGGAUGCGCGAGGCCGCAAUGAAGAGCAGCAUUUUUGUCGGCGUGCCGCGGACCAUAUUGUCCUUCGCCGGCAUGUUUGACGCGUUUGAAGACGACGUGAAGAAAGGCUUGCGGAAGGAGAUCGCGACCCCGGAGAACGUCGAGGCUAUCAAGGCGCGGGGACAAGCUUUGUGGGACUCUAUCUACGAGCCGCAUGCGGUGAAGCUCUAUAACAAAUUAGGCGGAUAUCACCCCGAUUUCAUAGCGUUCAUCAUUCAAGCCUACGGCGCCGUGCUCUCCCCAUUGCCAGGAGGUGACAGCGAGCAGGGUAACCUCAGCCGCGCGCUAGGUUCCGUAGUCGGGACCGCCUGUCUUCGCGCCGAAGGCGGAGUCGGACCACAGCUCGUAAGCCAUGUCUUCGGCCUUCUCAAAGCCCGGAAUGUGGUGGGUCUGAGCGAAGAGGACUACUGGCUUGCCACCGAUGAAGGCACAGAGUGGGUCAUUCGCACUGUCGACACCCUCAUCGAUGUCGUUAGGCCCGAGGGAUUUGGCCUCGGGGCCAAGUUGUAA